AUGCCACCACCACCACCACCUAUUGCAUCACCAGCCCCAGCACCUGCACCGACUGACCUGACCCCUCCAGCACCACCUACAGUUCAAGAUACCGAGGAAACAACACCAGCACCAUCUCAACAGUCUCCAGCCCUCCACCCCACCUAUCAAGAACGACAAAUCCGUGGUUUUGGGACGAUUUGGGGAUUUCUCUUUGAUGCAAAUAUGGAGUCUGUGAAUUCAUUAUUUGGAACUGGGAUCUUUGUGCUGAAGAACAAGUAUGCAAUUUUCUCAACUAUUGUGGCCUUGCCAAAAAUGAAAAUGUUGUUAAACCUGAUUGGAACAGACAUAAUGUUAUGCUACUUAAUGCUUCCGAAGUUGUGGCUCUCGACAAGACUUGUAUCAGAAUUUGACGGGCACAUUGAAUCUGCUAAAAGUCUCUAUUUGAUGGGUGCUGAUGAUUUGAACUUGGAGAAAGUCCCUAAUGAGGCCUUUGUUGGAGUGUGUAUUGUGCCAAUGUGA